GAGACGUGUUUUUAACCGAGACGGAGAUCCACGUGCGACAUUAUUGCAUUGUUUUUCAAAACUUAACCUAUAUCAGUACUUGAUAACAAAUAAUACUUUGAGUUAUCUUGUAAACGGUAAAAUUCUUUGUGAGCAUAUUUGUCAAGUCAAAUUUAUAUAUUUAUUAAAAAAAAAUGCCAAAAGUGCGUAGAAGUAAGAAAUCACCACCAGAAGGAUGGGAACUCAUCGAACCAACUUUAGAAGAGUUGGAAUCAAAAAUGCGUGAAGCUGAAACAGAACCCCAUGAAGGGAAACGCAAAGACGAAUCUUUGUGGUCCAUUUUUAAAAAUCACUAUCGUAAAAAUAGGUACAUUUAUGACUUAUAUCAUCGAAGGAAAGCAAUCAGUAAAGAAUUAUAUGACCACUGUAUAAAUGAGAAAAUUGCUGAUAAAAACCUUAUAGCGAAAUGGAAAAAAGUGGGUUAUGAAAAUCUAUGCUGUUUAAGAUGUAUCCAACCAAGAGAUACAAAUCAUGGUACAAAUUGUAUUUGCCGAGUACCUAGAGGAAAAUUAGAAGAAGGCAGGAUAGUUGAAUGCGUACACUGUGGAUGUCGAGGUUGCUCAGGAUAAAUUAGACAAAAUAGUAUUAUAUUUCAUUAUUAAACUUAAUUAUUUAUAAUAAGAAAAACAUUUUAUAUGAAUAUUUGUAAUUUAAAUUCACCCGAUAAAAAAAAAACAUUAUAUUUAUUAUAUAUAACCAUGACAAUGCAGUCUGACAUUAAGUUAUAUUCAUUAAACUAUGUCAACUUUGAUAGCAAAUAAUUUAAAAAAAAGAUUUAGUAUCAAAAGUAAGUGUUUUUUUUUGCACUUGGAAAAAUUAACUUGACAUCUUCUUGUAAACCGACUUGGGCUAUCAAUUUCUGAUUACUUAUAUAAUCUAAAAAAUCUUACAGAACAUUAAAAAAUUUAAUUGAUAAAUGAG